CUGAAGGUUCUUUUCUGAGGUCUACUUUUCGGUCUGAUUGGUUCGUUUUUUCAAUCCCGAGCUUCGAUGAUCGGCGGAAAGCAAACCAGUCCAACAUUUCUACGAAAAGUAUGAAGAGCACGACGGCGAAGACAAGAGAAGGGGAAGACUUGCUUGGAACACUUGGUCAUUCUUCUUCUCUUUCAAAAUCUGAUCAGCUAGAACAAGGGAAUAUGCGAUCUGUUGUUCUCUGGCACCUGCUAACUUUUCCCCUCUGAUCCCGGUGCCUGGAAGCGGCCGGCGUUUUUGGUUUUUUCCCUCUUUGUAGGGAAGACGAGGGUCAUUGGAAGACAAGGGUUUUUUUUUUUGGCGAUUCUUGUUUGAAUCUAUCGUCUCCGGAGGUGGGUUUUCAGCUUCUGAUUUUGGAUUCGUGCGGGUUGAGGUACUUGAGAAACUUCAUGAGUCAGUGCUUGGUCUUAUAACUGUAGAAAAACACUAUUGAUGGAUGAAGAGCAGUCACAAUUGAUUUAGAAGAUGAUUAUUAAAGCAAUGUCGUUCAGUAGUCCAAGUCUUGAAUAGAUUGCCUUCAAUAUUUUCAUAAGAGCUCUUUGACAUCCGUGAUCCAUGGGACAGUGGGUUAUUGGAGCAAUAAUCAACGUAGUUGGGAGCAUUGCAAUAAAUUUUGGGACAAACCUUCUUAAAUUGGGGCAUGAUCAGCGAGAAAGACUUUCAACAGCCACUAAUGAUGAAUCUACCAAGCUUAAUUUGAAACCAAUCAUAUAUUUUCAUACUUGGAGAGUUGGUUUUCUUUUCUUUGCUCUCGGGAAUUGCCUUAACUUCCUUUCUUUCGCAUAUGCUGCUCAGUCCCUCCUUGCAGCUUUGGGGUCAAUCCAGUUUGUAUCUAACAUUGCAUUUGCUUACUUUGUACUGAGUAAGACCGUGACUAUCAAGGUUUUGGCGGCCACAGCUUUUAUUGUUUUUGGCAACAUCUUCUUAGUUUCUUUUGGCAAUCACCAGUCACCUGUGUACACUCCAGAGCAACUUGCUGAGAAGUAUAGCAAUCUUGUGUUCCUUCUUUAUUGUCUGUUGCUGAUCGUAGUGGUUAUAAUUAAUCACUAUAUGUACAGGAAAGGAGAAGCCUGCCUCUCGGUGUAUGGGCAUGAUUUUAAUCCUUAUUGGAGAAUGAUAUUGCCAUUUUCCUAUGCCAUUGUGUCCGGCGCUGUUGGGUCCUGCUCAGUUUUAUUUGCAAAAUCACUAUCUAACAUGCUGAGGUUGACCAUGAGCAGCAAUUAUCAUCUACAUAGCUGGUUUACAUACUCGCUGCUUUUGUUGUUCUUCAGCACGGCUGGGUUUUGGAUGGCGAGAUUAAAUGAAGGAUUGUCACUCUUCGAUGCAAUCCUUAUUGUCCCCAUGUUUCAGAUUGCAUGGACUUUCUUCUCUAUCUGUACAGGAUUUAUAUAUUUUCAAGAAUAUCAAGUUUUUGAUACAUUACGGAUAACAAUGUUCAUAAUCGGCAUGUCAUUUGUAUUCAUAGGCAUUACCUUGCUGGCACCUGAUGACUCUAAAGGUGGUGAAACGAUGGAUUCUUAUUCUUUAACUUCUUCCUCAGAUCAAAGCCUUGCAGCCGAUGUAAACUGCAGCAGCGCAUCCACGUUGACACAGGAGACUGGAAUAAAUUUUCGGAAAUCAUUUACAAAUGGAGUUCUGGAGAAUGCAAGAACUGUCUUUGCAAAAGCUAAGGCUAUUUGCUCUUCAUCAGUGGGUCUAAGUGAAGAAUCCAUUAAUGCAUCUUCAGUGCUUGUAAUGCCUAUGGUGUCUUCAAGAGCAACGGGCUUUAGGGCGACCAUCUUUGAUCGUGCAAAAUUCUACCCUUCAAGAACUGCUGGUUGGAGCGAGCCAAUAUUGGUUGAAGAUGGUGGUGGUGAUGAUGAUAGAGAAAGACAAGAGAGAGUGUCUUUGCUCUCAUAAUUUUACCUCUGUAGUGUCUGGAAAUUCUGUUUAUCGCUUUAAUUUUCACUUAUCUUUUUGUAUCAUGAUUGUAUAGAUUUGAAGAUUAUUUUUUUCAUAUCAUAGGUGUAAUUUGUAGACCACAUUUAGUGUUUAUAAGUUUCUUGCUUUGCAGAUAUUCUUUUGAAAUGUUAAACAAUAAUUUUCACUUGGU